AUGACAUUGGAGGAUUUUGAAAAAGAGUUGGCAGAGCAGAAAGAGUCGGAGAGACGUAGAAAGGUGCGCAGAGAGCAUGAAAAAUCAGAACAUCGACAUCACAGACACCAUCACCACCAUCGAGGUUCCAGACACCAUGAUUCCCACUAUGAUGAAGACGGUCACCGGUCAAAGAGAUCAAGACAUUCGAAAGAUGAAGAUACAUCAGAAAGCAGACAUCGGCACAGACAUCACCGGAGGAGCAGGGUAGAGGAGGACCACGAUGGCGAAGAAAAGCAUGCUUCGUCAAGGCCUGACCUGGGUGAAUUGAAGCGCGAUUCUUGGAUGGAAGCGCCUUCAGCAUUGGAUAUCGACUAUGUGCAGAGGAAAAUACCUGAGCCGUCGCCUCCAAAGACCACUUCGCUAGAAGCCGACUUUGAGUUGAAAUUGCAUGAAAAAGAGCUCAAUUACCAUCUACGGGAUUUACGCAAUGGAAGAGCGGUUGAUAAUCUGGAAUAUGAGCUGCCGGCUACGCACGAGGUUGACUACGUAUUCGGUGAUGCCGGUUCACAAUGGCGGAUGACCAGACUCAAAGCUGUAUACCGACAAGCGCAAGAGUCUGGCCGUAAAGUCGAAGAUGUUGCCCUGGAGCGCUACAAUAACCUCCGCGAGUUUGACGAUGCCCGAGAGGAGGAAAUUGAGCUUGAUCGACGGAAGACAUAUGGGAAUGACUACGUGGGCAAGGACAAGCCGAGCGGUGAACUUUUCCAGGAACGCAAAAUGGACGCUGGACACAGACGACCUCAUCCACAGGACGCAGAGACGAGUCAUGACACAGUGUCGGAGCUAAUUCCCGUUCCGUCCUCCAACAACAGUCUUCCCUCGCAGAAAAUCGAUCAGACAACCCUCAAUAAGCUGAAGGCGCAACUCAUGAAGGCACAGCUCCGGAAAGAUCCUAAGGCUGCGGAUCUUGAAAAAGAAUACAACGAGGCUUUGACGGCGAUGUCCCAACAACAUCCCACCGUCAUCACGCUCUCCGCGAUGGACAACCGCAUGCUCUCUUCCGCGCCCAGAAAUGAAGUUAGAGCGGUUCAAAAUCGUCGUGGUGCGGAACGCGGCCAAGUCGAAGAGAAUGAAGAUAUGAGCAUCGAGGACAUGAUUCGUGAAGAACGUCGUACACGAGGCCAAACAGGAGGCGAAGGUCAACGUCUAGCAGAACGGAUUGCCAAGGAUGGCAAAUUCGACAAUGACCUCGAAUACCUCGAUGAGAACGCCGCGAAGCUGGCGAAGCGUGUCCACAAAUCUGACACAAACCUCCGCAACAUCGCCAUCAACGAGUAUCAAAAACUCAACAAAAUCCUCGACAACUGCCCACUUUGCCAUCACGAAGACACCGACACUCCUCCCAUUGCGCCCGUCAUCUCCCUCGCGACAAGAACUUAUCUGACGCUACCUCCUGAACCCGAACUCUCGCCUCAGGGCUCUAUGAUUGUCCCAAUACAACACCGGACCAAUCUCCUCGAAUGCGAUGACGACGAGUGGGAAGAGAUCCGCAACUUCAUGAAAUCCCUGACGCGACUGUACCACGAUCAAGGGCGCGACGUGAUCUUCUACGAGAACGCGGCGUUUCCACACCGAAAGCCGCACGCCGCACUAACCGUAGUCCCGCUACCGUAUAACCUGGGGGAAACGGCGCCGGCGUUCUUCAAAGAAGCCUUCCUCACUACAGAGGAGGAGUGGAGCCAGCAUAAGAAGAUCAUCGACACGUUGGCGAAGGCCCGGCAGGGAGGGUUAGGCAAGCUUGCGUUUCGCCGCAGCUUGGUCAAGGAGAUGCCAUACUUCCACGUCUGGUUUGAACUAGAUGGCGGGAUCGGGCAUGUCGUGGAAGACGCGGAGCGAUGGCCUCGUGGAGAUUUAUUUGCAAGAGAAAUCAUUGGGGGCAUGUUGGGGUUGGAGCCCGAUGUCAUCAAGCGACAGGGUCGGUGGCAUCGAGGAACGGACAAAAGGGUCGAGGGAUUCAAGAAGGUCUGGAGGAAGUUUGACUGGACUAGGAUUCUUACGCAGGGGAAUGCAUAG